AGCCCAAGCGAUUCAGCGCGAGUGCAGAUAGCUGAUAGGCAACACGUUGCUAUAUAUAUAUAUCCAAAUACAUUUUGACACGUUAAAUAAAUGUGAUAAGUGAAUUCAAAACAACAACAACAACAACUAAACAGCAAAUUGGAACACGAUCUGAUCUGAUGACAAAAAGUGAAACUGAAUUUUCUACGUUAGGGAAUGAACUAAAAGGGACAUUCUGAAUCUCAGUCUUUGUAAUCGUAGUGGAUUUUUUCUGCCUCCUUGGACAAACAACAAGGAGAAAAGGGGGAACAAGAAGAGCAAGAGUUCUGUAAGUGAUCAGGAGAUCAUCCAGAGAGGAGAGUCAGACAACGCAGCAUCUUCACGCUUGUCGUCCCAGAGGGCUCGCGGCUGAUCUCUCCUGCAUACUUCUCUUCUCUUCGAGCACACUCCAGAGAGAUGGCUGCAGCCAAGACAGAGAUGCUUCUGCCUGCUCUGCAGAUCUCAGACCACCUGAGCUUCCCUCACUCCCCCAUGGAUAACUACCCCAAGCUGGAAGAGAUGAUCAUGCUCAACUCCGCAGGGACUCCCUUCCUCAAUGCCUCUGCGCCUGAAGGAACGGGCUUCGGCUCUGGGGAUCCGGGAGAUCAGUUUGAUCACCUUGCCGGAGACACACUCUCAGAAAUCUCCAUGGAUAAAUCUAUGGCUGAUCAAAGCUAUACCCAACGGCUGCCCCCCAUCUCUUAUACCGGCCGUUUCACCCUCGAACCCGCCACCAACUGCAGCAACAGUCUGUGGGCUGAGCCCCUGUUCAGCCUGGUGAAUGGGUUGGUGACCAUCAACUCACCCCAUACCUCCAUCCAAACUUCUUCGAGCUCUCAGGGAACUCCCUCAUCUUCCUCGUCUUCUAUCGCAACCUCCUCUUCCACAUCCAGUGCCAGCAUGAGCUGCUCCAUCCACCAUAGCGAGCCCAACCCCAUCUAUUCGGCAGCACCCACCUACUCCAGCGCCAGUCCAGACAUCUUCCCUGAGCCCGGCGCAAACUUUCCCACCACGGUUUGCACCACACUGCAGUACCCUCCUUCGACUUACUCCAACAACAAGGCCACCAGCUUCCCUGUGCCAAUAAUCCCAGACUAUCUGUUCCCCCAGCAACAAAGCGAGAUCAACUUGGUGGCCCCUGAUCAGAAGCCCUUCCAGACCCAAGCAGGUCAGCAGCCCUCCCUGACGCCGUUGUCCACCAUCAAGGCCUUUGCCACUCAGACGGGUUCUCAGGACCUGAAAAGCAUUUACCAGUCUCCGCUCAUCAAGCCCAGCCGCAUGCGCAAGUACCCCAACCGGCCCAGCAAGACACCCCCACAUGAGCGCCCGUAUGCAUGCCCCAUGGAGACCUGCGACCGUCGCUUCUCACGUUCAGACGAGCUGACGCGUCACAUCCGCAUCCACACGGGCCAGAAGCCCUUCCAGUGCCGCAUCUGCAUGCGCAACUUCAGCCGCAGCGACCACCUGACAACCCACAUCCGCACGCACACCGGUGAGAAGCCUUUCGCUUGCGAGAUCUGUGGCCGCAAGUUUGCCCGCAGCGACGAGCGCAAACGGCACACUAAAAUCCACCUGCGGCAAAAGGACAAGAAGGCAGAAAAGGGCGCUGUGGCUGUACAGAGCUCGGUUUCCAGCAUCUCCCUCUCAGCCUCCUCUCCAGUGUCCAGUUAUCCCUCUCCCAUCACAUCAUACCCAUCCCCGGUGUCCUCCUUCCCUUCCCCUGUGAAUUCCUGCUACUCCUCUCCCGUCCACAAUUCCUACCCCUCCCCUUCCAUCGCAACCACCUACCCCUGCGCAACCAGCUCCUUCCAGACACAGAUGGCCAACUCCUUCUCGUCCUCGGUGGCCAGUAACAUCUACAGUUCUCCCGUCACCACCCCGCUUCCCGACAUGCAGGCUGCUCUGUCCCCGCGGACAGUAGACAUCUGCUGAGACUUUUGCCACCCUCCAGCCUCCACUGGCUCAAAACAGAAAGCAUCAAUGACUUUGAACUCCCCUCUGCAAGAAGCACUUUUCUGUCCAUGCUCCCAACAUGGUCCAGUUGCAAACCAGUCAAAGACUCUGCAAGAACAUUUGAAAACAAAAGGGAUUUUUGUGUCGUUCUCCCCCAUCGAAAAUCCUUUCCUUUCAAACGAGACUCGAACGACAAACAAAAGCAACAGGCUUCGGCACGUUUCUCUUAAGACUGUGCAUGCACAGACGUACUUGCAACGCAGAAUGAGGACAUUAAUGGUGUAAUGGAAGCCUGUGGGCUUCAGGCUGAGAAGCUUGACUCGACAGGUGUACAGUUACAAAAGACAUUUGAUGAAUAAUAUACAUAAGCUACAGUAUAUUGUACAUGUGCCAUGUUUCCUUUUCGUUUUGACCUUUUCGUACCAUUGUUGUGAAAAUUGAUUUGAAUAUUUGCAUUGUAUUAUUCUCAAUUGAGCAGGGCCAUAUUUUAUAAGAUACAUUCUGUAUUACGUAGUAAAAAUGCUGUGAUAAGUUCUUGACCUUGUUUGACUAGAAGCACUUAAGUACUCUGACGCAUGUGGAAGCGUGAUGUUCGUUUCUCUUAUUUUGUAAAUAUCAGCCACUGGUACUAUCUUUCUCUUUAUCAAAUGUGACAACAAAAAUCUGCUAAACGGAGGGGAAAACAUCCGAAAAGAAUCACAGCCACAAAUCUUUAAUUGUUUUGGUGCCUUUUGUGAAGCCUUGCAGAUGUUUUGACAGGUAUCAGCAUGUGGAUGCUUUGCAUCUAGCCUUAAGGUGGAAGGGAUCUCUUUUUUUGUUCUCUUUUCGUUUUUCUUUUCUAUAUUCAGAAAGUCAUUUCAAGGAUAGAAGGGAAUGAAUAUGAGGGCACUGCAUUUCUUUGGGAUGUAAGCAAAAAAGAAAACUAUAAACUAUAUUUUUGUAACGAAAUGUACAUAUCUACAUCUUGAGGAGUUGCUGUAGUUACCUACUGAGUAGGCAUGGGAUUUUUUGUAUGUUAUUUACAUGCGGUCCAUUAUUUUGUUGUAAUUUUAAUUUUGUAUUUGUGUUUGUUCAACAAAGUGACUGUUUAUGGCUUCUAAACACAUUGAAUGCGCUUACUGCCAAUGGGAUAUUUGGUGUACAAGAUAUCCUUCAAGAACAGAAAUAUAAAUAAAACAUAAAUAUAUAAAUAUA